AUGGAACCAGGAAAGGCUUCGAAUAAUUUGAAGGAGGACCAGACCCAGAAACGAGAGCCUUCAACAUCUACAGGCUCUAAAGCAUCCAGACCGAGGCGUGGCAGGCCUGCCGGUGCAAACCGGACCCCUCUGUCCUUGGAAGAAAGGCGCGCUAGGAACGCUCAGUAUGAGCGUGAAAGGCGAGAGGACUUGGCCAAAGCUCACUCGGAGCUAGCAGAAGCCGCGGGCUGUGAUCCUAAUAUAUCGACGGACGACUUGAUGACACUCGUCAUCACAAAACUCCAGCAGACGAUUCCUGCAGAAGACAUUAGGCUGGCUAAUGUAGAUCUGGAGGCACAAAUUGCCAAAUGUAUCGAGCAGUUGCCUCCGGAUUACAUCGUCAGCGAUGAUGAAGAGGAGGUGCAGCCGGAAGAGCCCAACACUCGAAAACGGAAACCAUCACAUCGUGAUACGUUUAGUGAUGACAAACGUAUGCGGCUCGGUGGGACACAAAUGCCAGCAGUGGGUUGGAUGAUAUCGCCUGCUGACUUUGCCGAAGCCGUACCCGGACCACGAAAUUACGAGUGGGAAGACGUAGACGCUUUCUUGGCCGAACAGCUGUCUUCAUUUAACGCCGAGUCACCACCGGUAGUGCCGUCAGUGGCAUUACCACCUAACCCACCGAUGACACUACUGGAGACACCACGGCCACUAAAUUACGAGUGGGAAGACGUAGACGCUUUCUGUGAUGGCAGAAAAGCUGUCGUGACGAAACACCUAGCACCAUCACCAACCCCAUCAGCAUCGCUACAGCUAGAGUUACCGUUCGAGCGAGACAUAGACUAUCAAGAUUUGUUCUUUGCACAGCCGGAGCGGACACCAAACCCACCGUUGACACCACUGACUCCGCCACCGAACCAGCGCUUCCCAUCGCAAUCAACAUCACGACUUCUAUCUGUAUUCUCAUCACCAUUAGCACCGCUUCGUAAUUACGACUAG